UAUGAGGAAGAGGCAGAGAGAGCACUGUGGACAGGUAGAGCGAAACACACCAGUUCAGAUAUUUUGCGAUGAAAUAAAACAACCGACAACACUAAGAAAAUAAAAAAUAAUGAUCAUUUGUUGACGAAAUGAAGAAAAACAGUAUGGCAUGUGAUGUGGAUUAUCUCUAGGUCUACCGAUCCUAUUUGGAAUCAGUUAAUUUGUUGUUGUCGCGCAUAACCGAAAGCUGGGUUCAUAAAUAAGCAAGAUCGUGGCACCAGUAGACUUUCGGUCAUUUUGUUGACGUGUUGUGGUGCCCUGUAGGGUCAUGCUGAUGGACCAGGACACUCAGUGGCUGUACCACCUCCUGGCCGAGGUCCAGUUGGAGAGGUUCUACCUGCGUGUCCGGGAUGGCCUCAACAUCACCCGCAUAGAGCACUUCAACUAUGUCAAGGAAUCUGACCUCGAGCAGAUCGGCAUUAGCAAACCAGGACAGAGAAGAUUAUGGGAUGCUGUGAAACGGUACAAGAUCACCAUGAGACCAAAGUCAUGGAUCACCAAGGUCUUCAGUGGCCGUGGUCCGGAAGGCGGUGACCAAUGGGGCAGUAUGGGGCAGGGCCAGGAGACAGGAGGGCGGGCACUCACCUGUCUGAUUCAGGACAGUGAACUAUCUCUAGGGGAGAAGCUGGGCAUGGGCUCCUUCGGUGUGGUGAAGAGGGGAGAGUGGCAGACCCCCACUGGGAGAGUGCUGCCAGUUGCGGUGAAGACUCUGAGGAGUAGCCUGUCCAGACAGACGGACACGCUGACAGACUUCCUCCAGGAGGUGACCACCAUGCAGUCUCUAGACCACCCCAACAUCAUCCGCCUCUACGGAGUAGUGCUCACACAGCCCCUGAAGAUGGUGACAGAGGUGGCAUGUCUGGGAUCCCUGUAUGACACGCUGCGCUCUCGUCAGUACGAGUACCCCCUGGCACGCCUCUGGCUCUUCGCCACCCAGAUAGCAGCAGGCAUGGAGUACCUGGAGGGUCGCAGGUUCAUUCACAGGGAUCUGGCUGCCCGGAACGUUCUCCUGGCAUCCAGGGAGAUGGUGAAGAUCGGGGACUUUGGGCUGAUGAGGGUCCUGAGUCAGGAGAAGGACCACUACAUGAUGACAGCCCACAGACGCAUCCCCUUUGCCUGGUGUGCCCCAGAGAGUCUGCGUUUGGGCUCCUUCACCCAUUCCUCUGAUGUGUGGAUGUUUGGGGUCCUCCUCUGGGAGAUGUUCACCUAUUGUGACGAGCCUUGGCUGGGGUUAUCUGGCAGACAGAUCCUGUGGAGGGUGGAGAGGGAGGGAGAGCGUAUGGAGAGACCCCCUGACUGUCCUCAGGAGCUCUACUCUGUGAUGAGAAAGUGUUGGGCCUGCACCCCAUCCGACCGACCCACCUUCUCCCAGCUCACCACUCUGGUGGCAGAGGCUCAGCCUAUGGAGGUGCGUGCUGUGAGGGACUUUGCGGAACCUAGGAAACUCACUCUGCUACCCAACGACCUAGUGACCGUCAUAGACCAUGGUCUGGAGCUGUGUGAGUGGAAGGGUCAGAACCAGAGGACCCUGACGGUGGGCUGGUUCCCCCCGAGCCUGGCUGCCCCCAGCAGCACUCCUGCUCCUCCCGCUGCCCCUGGUCCUCCCGCUGCCCCUGGUCCUCCUGCCUCCAGCCUCAUCUCUCCCCCUCUGAAGGGCAGUCUGCAGCACACAGGGCAUGGAGACACCCACCCCGACCGUAGCUGGGGCACCCCGGAGCGCCUCGAUGAGAGCGUAAACUGGAGGAGCGGCCCAGCAAGCAGAGAUCGCGAGGAAGAGGGCUCCAACUUACAGAAAAUGUCAGGUAUGACCAGGAGUCUGGAGUCUGUCCUGAGCGACCCCCAGAGCUGGACUCAGACGGUAGUAGGGGUCAGGGUGGACCCCCGUCGUGGACCAGUCCCCGCCAUGGGGGCCCACAGCGUGGGGAUGCAGCAGGACAUCCGUAGGUUCAGCGAGGCCAGCAUCAACCCCCCGGCUCGCCCGCCCCCACCGAACCCCAAAAACUUCAAGAUCCCCCAGGUGGUGAUCCGAGAUCAGAGGCCUACUGCAAAUCCAGCCCCAGGCACCUCAUGGCCUCCACCGCCUCCAACACAUCCACAGCAGCAGAUGCUACAGCCAGCCCAGCCUCAGCCCCAACCACCGCAGACCAUGGGAGGAAGCAAUCUGGGCAAGAUGGCCCACAUGGCACGGUCAACACCAACACUGGAUAACUAUGGGGACAAGGAGAGGGAUCAAGAAAAGGAGAGGGUGGUGAGGGAACGAGAGAGGGAGAGGUACCCGCCUCAAGUGCAACGCACCAGGGAAGCCGUCAUAGCACAGGUCAUGGAGGCGGUGCAUGGAGUAACCAAUGAGGAGGUUCGUAAUGCACUUCGCCGCAAUGAGUGGAAUCCUGUUAGGGCCCAGCAACAACUCAAGAUGGAGCAGCUGUACUCUCUGAGCCUGUGUUCUCGUGACGACUGCGUCAUGAUCCUGUCCCGCUACCAGUGGAAUCUACAGCUGGCCAGUCGCUACCUGAUCAGAAUGGUACGGGAGGACAGGACUGGAGGAGGGGAGAGGAAGAGGAAGGAUGGAGAGAGAGGGACACCCCCUGUUGCCAUGGCGAGACGAGGAGGAGUAUGAGAGGUGGAGGGAUACUGGAAACAACAGACAAUAAAGCUUUACAACAUUUAAGAGGAACUGACAAGGAAUUUUAGGAAUUAAAUGGAUGGGAGGAGGAUAAAAAGGAAUUGAAUAUAUAUGGAGUGAACCAUAAAGACGUUACAGUCCUUAAAUACUAUUUUAUCCUUUUUUUUUACAGUUCUGUUAAACAUAUUUUUUUGUGACGAACUGCCACAUCCUCUCUGUUCUCAAAAAUAGUUGUAUCGUGAUGAAUUUGUAUAUAUUGUAUUAGCAUUGAUUAUAUUUGUUGAAUAAAUUGUUGAUACAAAAUGUG